AUGUUUGAUGCACUAGUCCUUGUCGGGGCAAACAUCAACCGCAGGGACUUGUUCGUCCUUACGCCAGUCAAUGAAGCGGGCUACUCUGGAUAUAGAGAGAUAAUCGACUGCUUGAUUAAACAUGGCGCGGUCUUUACUGCCCGGGAUGGCGUUGGUCAUUCUAUCCUGGAACAUAUCAUGAACGACAAAGGUGAGAUUAAGCAACAGCUCCUGGAGCAUAUCAGUCCAUUUGCUAGUCAAGAGCAGCUAGACAGAGCACUAAGAUACGAUUUUGAGAAUACGAACCGGCAUACGGCUAUGCUCGUAAAGCUUGGCGCAAAUCCCGAAAAUGUGGGUUUAUCGGCUGACAUUCAUUCCAAUUCAUCGUCAUCAAAGGCUCUUGAACAUGAUAUGCUUGAAUAA